AUUUCCUUGCUUCAUGCUUGCGUAUUAUUUAUGUGUUUUCAUACCAAGUUCUUUUUUUUUGCUUAAAUAAAAUAAUGUUCUUAAAUAGGUAAAAUAGCAUUUCAUGCUCGUCUGUCAGAUUGCUAGCGGAAAUUCUACUUCUUUUUCUUUUUCCCUUUCCGGAAAGAAGAAUAAAAAUUCGAAAUCUAAUCAGUUUCCCCUUAGAGAAGCUUAAUUAUAGAAAAAGAAGAAUAUACAUACAUAAGUUACAAAAUAUAUAUAUAUAUAUAUACAUACAUACGUACAUACAUACACUCUCAGUGUCGCACAUUUACAUGUAUAUGUGUAUAUGUAUUGGGACAGCCUAUGCAGUAUUCUCGUGUAUGUAUGGUCUAGAAAGUGAAAGGAAAGGUGACAAUGAAGGAUGGGAAAACGAACGUUGAACUGAUAACUAGUUUCAUUAAUUCUUUUGGCCAAUAGUCAAAUUCCAAAAGCAGAAAUUUAAAAAAAAUGCCAAGUGUGAUGGAAAUGGUAAAUUAAAAUCGUAUAAUGAAUGUUUGGUGGAUUUAUUAAAUUUUUAGUCCUUUGAUCCUCGACUAAGAAUUUUCGGUAUCUGGAAUAUGAUCGAUCAGGUGACAUUUUUUUUUUUUUUUUGGUAAUAAUGUUAAAAUAUUAUACCAAGAUUUUUCGGUUUACAAAAGUUGUGGAAACCCACUUAUUUGGAGAGGAGAUUACAGAAGAAACAAGAGAAGACAACAAGACAUAGAAACAAAAGAGCAAGCUACAGUCCUGAUGGUAGUAGCGAGAGAUAAACCUGCAGCAGAGUAGAGGCAGGUGUCGGAGGCUGGGUGGAGAUGAGGCGGUCCCGAAGGAGGCGAUGGACUUGAGCUUUGACGCCGGCUUCAGUCGAAGAGGUCUGCUGGAAGAUGUGAAGGUUUUGAUCAGGUAACAUAUCAUGGUUGUUGUAUACAUUAUUGAGACAAUGCGUGGAAUAUCCUUAAUUAAAGUUCAAAUUUUCUGAAUGCCCAUAAUUAUGGAUAAUCCAAAAAGAAGUAAUUUUUUGACACUGUGCGGAUGAAAAUGCCCUUAUGCUUUGUCGAAAACAAGUAACUCUAGAUCUAUCAGCUAAAUAUUUACAUAGCAGGUAACAAUCUACAUACCAAUUAACAUAUCCACUAAUAAUUUUAAUAUCAUCUAACAAUCUAUGUAUCAAACAAAUGUAUCGACUAACAAAUCAUUUAUCAGUUAAUGAAACUAUUAACAAUUAAUUAGUUAUUUAUUAAAUAACUCCAAAUCUGUUUGUAAUAGCUAACACUUCAUGUAUCGAUUAAGAAUCUAUUAAAAUCUAAAUAAUAGCAGGUAAGUAAUAAAAUACUUGCUAACGUAUAUAUUAUAUAAAAGUUGAUUGUGAUUCGAAAUUGUAAACAUUAGAAUUGGAGUGAGAUAAUAAGAUUAGCAUUAUAGGUGUCAAAAGAAUCAGAAUAAAAAAAUAAAGAUUUGUGUUGAAUUAGAAGAUGAUUUGAAGAAUUUGUACGAGAGAUAAAGAGAUUAAAACACAUAAAAGGGAGAAAAGAGAAAUAUAGAGACAAAGAUAUUAUAGUCAUUAAAAAUAUUAAAAAACAAAAUUAUACGGCAAAUUACAUGGGUUUCUGGGUCAUUUACCUCAAUUACUCUACAUUAUUUACCCAGGCACAAACCACAGCAUGCAUAGCUAUGUUAUAUUUAAAUAAGUCUUUUCCGAUAACAUUUACAUACACAACACCGAAGACAGUAUUUGAAACAGAGUACAAUACAGAAUUACGAUUUGAGAAACGGAAACGUAAUCAAAUCUAUUGAAAUGAUGGGGAAUACAUGUGUUUCCAGAGAAUAUUUAAUUUAUAAACGAAAUAAUCUUUAUCGAUUCUUAAGUUAAUCUUAUUGAACUACAGCUAAUAAAUUAUUCUCGUCUCACACAUAACUCGAGCGGAAUUUUUUUUUUCUUUUUCCUUUCUCUUUUACAAAGGGAGCAAGAUGUGAAACCUAAUAAUCAUGAGAUUUUUACCAAAAAAAUAAUAAUAAUCAUGAGAUCAAAUAAAUCAUAACCGUUAUAUAUGUUGUUCAAACAAAUCUGCGGAUGGGCCCCAUCUCCCGACAUUAUCAUUGGACCCACAUCAAUGUAGGAAGUCCAAAGAAACCAAAACAAAUUAAUUUCCUCCUGUAUACAGUAAAUCAAAUAACGUGGCCAAAGUAAAAAAGAGAAAGAUUCGUAAAACAUGUGUUUGCCUUAUAAUCCAAAGAGAUUAUCCUUAAAUGCUUUUUCCUAUAUUCUUUAUCUGCAUUCUUUAGAAUAUAAUAUUUUUAUAUAAUAUGCUGUUUGAUUAAUUAAUCCGGAAUUAAGCUCAAAAGUUAGUCAUGUCAAAUGAUUUAAUCAAUUAACUAAUGAAAAUGUCCUAACUCAAAUUUAACUAAAACACGUAAAACGAGAUGGAAUCUCCGAAGGUUCCCUAUUCAUCAAAACCUCUUUUUUAUACAAAAAUAUAAUAAUUUACAUCUCAAUCACAAUAUUGAGAAACAAGUAUAUCCUUUUAUGAACGAUAAUAGAGAUUGUACUAGAAAAUAGGGAUUUACAAAAAGUAGAAUACUGAAAACAGAAUUAAAUCUUAAUCAGUUCAUAAAAUGUUAUUUUAUUCACAAUAUCCUGAACUUGCGUUGUUUGCGCAAGAGCUAUUGUACAUAUAUAUAUACGGCUGUAGAAUGUAUAUACGUAUACUUUACGUCACUAGAGAAAAUAAAAAUAAAAACAGAAAGAAAAUACAUAAAUAGGUUUGGUCAAGUCAUCGAGGACUCGCAGACGACAAGACAGAGUAAAAUUAGGGUUUAACCUUUUCAGUCUCAACUCCUUUUAUUUCCUUUACUCUUCUUCUUCCUCUUUCUUCUUCCUUUCUUUAUCUACUUGACAUAGAUUUUCCAGUACUUAAAGUCGUAUCCACAUGUGUUUCUGUGUCUCUCUGCAACCAAAAAGAAAUAGUUAUAAUAAUUAAACUUUGUUCAAAUCAUAAAUAUACACUUACAAUAAGUUGUUCAUAUAAAGACAUAUAUUAUAAUCUCUAGCUAUAUAUAUAUUGAGAUCACUCCCGUCUUUAUCAAAUUCUUCUACUUGUCUUCCACUUUUAGUUCAGUCGAUCUGAUAUGACUCGGAUCAAUCUCUCGUACUGAAUUAUACCAAUCAUCUUCGCUUUCGAACACGGUAAUGAAGAAUACAUGUAACCUCAUUGAUUCAAAGCUCGAGGAACAUCAUUAUCUUUGCGGAUCAAAGCAUUGUCCUGGAUGUGGCCGCAUGAUUCAAGCCGCUACUAAACCAAAUUGGUUUGGACUGCCGGCGGGAGUGAAAUUUGAUCCGACGGACCAAGAGCUUGUUGAGCAUUUAGAAGCAAAAGUGAAGGGAAAAGAAGGAAAUAAGAAAUGGUUUCCGUCUCAUCCACUUAUAGAUGAGUUCAUCCCAACCAUUGACGGAGAAGAUGGGAUCUGUUACACUCACCCACAGAAGCUUCCAGGGGUAACAAAAGAUGGUUUAAGCAAACACUUCUUCCACAAACCAUCAAGAGCUUACACAACCGGAACAAGAAAACGACGCAAAAUCAUCCAAACGGAACACGACUCCGAGUUAACCGGAUCGUCAUCCGAAACGAGAUGGCACAAAACCGGCAAAACAAGACCGGUUAUGAUAAACGGUCGACAAAGGGGAUGCAAGAAGAUAUUAGUACUUUACACAAACUUCGGCAAGAAUCGACGACCAGAAAAAACAAACUGGGUGAUGCAUCAAUAUCAUUUAGGGAUUAACGAAGAAGAAAGAGAAGGAGAGCUUGUGGUAUCCAAGAUCUUUUAUCAGACACAACCUAGACAAUGUGUUGGUAAUAUUAGUUGGUCGGAACAAAAUGUUAGUUCCAAGGGCUUGAUAGGAACUGGUGCCGGAGAUGAAAUAUGCGGCGUUGCUGCCGCCUUGCAGAGUCUUGGCUCCGGUGACGUUAUUUCUAGGGUUAAUACGAACCCCUUUACAAGAGCCUUAGAUGAGGGGACAGCCGAAGCUUCGAAGGGAAGAGAAAACCGGCUUGUGUCCGGCACGUGCGAGGAAGUACAUGAUGGGAUCAUAAGAUCAUCGUCAUCAACUUCAUAUCAUAUGAUUCAUGAUCAUAAUCAGCAUCAUCAGACCGGAGAAAGAAGAGAAUUUCACAUACCAUCUUCGUCAUCAUAUCAUGAGUCAAUCUUCAACAUUACAAGUACUGUGCCAUUUCAGCAGCAACAAUUAAGGGGUCGAUCAUCUGGUUCGGGAUUAGAAGACUUAAUCAUGGGUUGCACAUCUACUUGCACAGAAGAGGAAAAUUCAGAAGCAAAUCCACAGCAAAACGCAGACUGGUUAACGUUUCCACCAUCCUGGAACCAAACCGAGACAGAUGGUCAAAACCGGAGAUUUUAACCGAACCAGAAGGAAGCAGAGAAGUCUUGCAAACAAUGGGCUUAGCUUUUGAUCAAUGCUGGAAAUGCUUAGUUAUAUAUAGUCUCUGCCAUUAACUUACGGCAUCAGAGGUCUCUAGACUUUGUAUCUUUUUAAAUUCCUCAACAACCUAUACCACAAGUGACAAUCUUUCAGAAACAAUAGCCUAAACUUUGUAUUAAAAAAACACACAAGUAGAUCAUGUUUUUUUGUUAGCUUCA